CACAAAUGUGUUAACUCGUCGGAUGCGUGCACUGUGUCAGUGAUCAUGAAUUAAAUUAGGUUAUCAAUUAUUCACCGUGAUUAAUUAUCAUUGACAAUUAACGAAAUUCGUGGAUGAAUUUUGUUCUCGUUUGCACGAGUGUUUUGCAUACGUGGCACACACUGCCACCAAUCAGAAAACGGGAGUUUUGAUAGGCGUGGCUUCGAACACGUACACUUGCUGUAUGUCCGGCCGCCAUAAUUCUUGAGAAGUCGUGUGUGAAUUCUUAUCGUGAUUCUCUGUAGACAAACAUAGUACGUUGUUCAUUUUACAUUCCUUAGUGGAUGCGAUCUGCUAAAUACAUUUUUGGUGAGCAGUAUAGAGAUACAUAAAAUGGAUGUUCAAACAGGACUUGUAUAUGUAGCAGUAGUACUUAUUUCUGCAGCAGUUAUUCUGUUAGUAUCAAUGUUUGGUAUAAAAGAAAAGUCUUAUGAAGAGGCAAUAGCAGAACAGAGAAAACUUCCUGAUGAUCUUUUGUUAAGUAAGAAAGAUAAGAGUAAAGAGAAGAAACACAAAAAUAAGGCAGGGAAAAAAGUAAAAGAGAAGAAAGAAGAAAAAGAGGAAAAAGAAGAUAAGGAAGAGAAACCAGAGCAUGUACAAUUUGAGGAAAAUCCUCAAAUCCUACCACUAGAACCAUUAGUACGAGAUAGUAGCAAAGGAAGUAAGAAGAAAAGCAAGCAUGAAAAGGUAAAGCCAAUUCUUGUAAAUAAAGAUGAGCCAUUGGUUAUUGUGACUGAAUUAAGUCCUUCACAAUCCCUCUCGGCAGAGGCUAAUCAUUUUGACCUUAUUCAACCAAAGGACGACCUCGAACUCAUACGGAGUCAUAGUAAAGAAAAUUUGCAACAAAUUGGACAGUCAGAACCAGUUAUAAAUAAAUCUCCAAAAGAAACUCCAACAAAAUCAAAAAAAAAUGUGAAGGAUUCAAUAAAAAAGAAAGAUGACAAUAGUAAGGAAGAGAAAAAAGAAACAAUUACUAAUGUCAGUGCAACACCUGUUGUUAAUAAGGACUCUGUAAAAGAAGUUAGAGAACAGAAAGAAACGCCCGUUAAAGAUGCAAAGGAAGUUAUAAAAGACAUUACACUCUCUACACAGUCAACAAAUAAGGAAUCUAAAAAAACAAAGAAAAAGAAUGACAUUUUAGCACAAAUUGGUGGAGAUAAAGAUGCUGUCAAUGUAUCUUUGUUAAUACCUUUGGUACAAAAAGCUGAACUUAGCCGUUCUGAAAUACAAAUUCUCAUUGAUCAACUUCUAAAUAAACAAAUGGAUAAUCCAUCAGAACAUUCAGAAUGGACAGAAGGCAGAGCAGAUCCAGUUAUAAAAUUAAAAAAACAACUAGCAGAAAAAGAAAAAGCUUUAGCUGAUGAACAUGAGGCAAAUAUUGCAUUUCAAAAUAAACUGAAAGAAUUACGUGCCGAACUGAAUUCCGAAAGAUCUAGAUUAUCAGCUAAUGUUAGACAGUUAGAAGAAGCAUUAAAUGUUAAAGUUACAGAAACUCAAACUUUACACACACGUAUGCAACAUAUUUUGGAAAGUCAUGCUGCUGAAAAACAAGGAUUUACUAGACAGAUUGAACAAUUGCAAGCUAAAAUAAAUGAUAAUGCUACAAUUAUUCAUAAAAUGCAAGAAGAUCAAGGUCAAACUCAAGGUCACUUACAACAAGAAUUGAUAGCACAACGUAAACAAAUGGAAGUUCAGUUCGCACAAAUGCGAGAAAAUGAAAAUUCGUUAAAAGCACAAUUAGCUCAAAAACAUGUAGAAGUUCAAGAAUUGCAAAGUGAGUUACAAGCAACCUGUGAGAGUAGCACUGCUGAAAUAGAAAUGUUACGCCAACAACUAGGACUUAUGCAAGGUCAGUUAAUGCAUUCAGAAGGACAAUUACAACAUUUUAAAGAAGCUGGGGAUAGAUUACAAGAAGUUGCAAGACAGCUUGAGGAAUCUCAUCGUGCACAUGCUGAUUUAGAGCAUAGGUUAAAAAAUGCUCAUCGUCAUGAACAAGAUCUCCAAAAACAAGUAAAUUCGUUACAAAGUGAAUUAAAUGCUGUAAAAGCAGAAGCUUCUGAUGCAUCAGCAUUAAAAACAGAGUUAAACAAAGCUCACUCUGAAUUAGCAACAUUAAAAUCCGAGCUGAAGGAAGCAAAAUUAGAUGCAGAUAAAUAUACGGUUUUUAAAAGGGCCCUUUGUGACAGAGAAGAGGAGAUAAGAAGGUCUCAAAUGGAAGUUAUCACCAAAAACGAAGAGCUAGCAAUGUGUGAAGACGAACUUAUAGAUGUACGACAUGAAUUAACACGGUCAACAGAAAAUGUAACAUGGUUAGAAACACAGUUAAAUGCAGUACAGAAGAAUUUAGAUGAAGUAAAAGACAAAUUUGAAAAAUCAACAGAAAGUCUGAAAAGAGCACAAAGUGAUGUUAACACUUAUGAAUCAAAUAUGGAGAAACUAGAAGAAGAAUUAAAUGUAACUCGAAAUGAAUUAGAAAAAACACGUGCAGAACUCAAAGUUGUAAAUGAAACAGCGAAUGAAAUGAAAAUGUUAAAAGUCGAAGUAAAUAGGUUACAGAGUAAUGAAAAGCAAAUUAGUGAAACACAAGUACAGCUUACACGCUUGCAAGAAGAAAAUGAUACACUUUCUACACAGCUCGCACAUCUCGCAGAAUUACAAAAACAACUUAAACAGUUACAAGAAGAAAAUGAAUCGUUGGCUUCUCAAUUAGCAGCAACCACUGAACGACCAGCUGCAGAAGGCAGAGAAAAUGGAAUCGACGACAAUGUUCAAAAGAAUGUACAACUUGUAGAGCAGACCAAUUUGUUGGCACAGAAGGAGAGUUUAUUAAAUGCCUUAAAAACGGAAUUAACACAUAAAGAAGCGGAACUCAAUCAAUUAAAUGCUCAGGUUGAUGCAUUGCGAUGCGAUGUAAACAAUCAACGUAGUCUUGCUGCACGUUUAAAUAAUGAUUUAGAAACACAAAGGUCUAAAAAUAAUGAAUUACGUAUGAAAAACUGGAAAGUGAUGGAAGCUCUUUCUGCUGCUGAGUUACGUGUUAAAUCUAGUAAUGGGAAGAACUUUGAUGAAGUUAUACAAAAAGUAAAAGUAGAACAAGAAGAAUUAACGAAAACUUUAUUACAAAGGAUAUUCCCAGAAAUUAAAGUAUCUGAGAAAUCACAUGAUCAAUGGCUCAAAGUUUUUGAAGAAAAAGUUAAUACUGCUUUGGCUGAAUUAAAGAAAGAAGAUAUAGUUGAUGUUCAUUCGGAGUUAGAAAAACAAAACAAAAAUUUGCAAGAUAUGGUUUCGCAUUAUAAACAAAUUAUCGAUGAUACAGAAGGUAUGCUUAACAAGCUUCAGAGUCAUGUAGAGUCUGAAGAAACAAGAUGGGAGUCGCAGCUCCAACAGAAAGAAAAUGAGAUAGCAAAUCUUAGGAUUGAAUUGAAUGAACUCAUGAACAAAGUAAAUAUAAAUGAAAAGUUACAAGAUAAAGUAGUAGAAUUGGAAACCAGGCUAAAAGAUGCAGAAUCUUUUAAAGAACAAGCUAAUGCUGAUUUAUUAGCAUUUAGAUCUACAUCAAAAUCGGCUUUGCAUGAAAUAAAUACCCAUGAUCUAGGUACAUUAGAAAAACUCCAAGAGGAAAAAGCACGAUUGUCAGAAGAACUUCAAAUAGAAUGUAACAAAAGAGCAGCAGUAGAUGCAGAACUAGAUAAGUUGCGAUGUGUAGUUGUACAACUUCAUCAAAAAAUGCCACAACUUAAGGGUGAAGUUUAUGGAGAUUGUAGCAGUUCAGAACAGCCAAUCUUAAAUGGACCACCGACUUCCGAAUGUUCUAAUUCCGAGCCCAUCAAUUUGGUUCAGUCUCGAGAAGAAAUUGACAACAGCUCCCUUACUACAAAAUACUCCUCCAAAUCCAACACACAGGCUAGCUGGAAUCCAUUGAUGGGCCAGCAGUAUAAAAAACACAAGAAAAAAAAGAAGUCCACUAAGAAACCCAUGGCAAAACGGCGCAGAUUCGCAGGGUGGUUCAAGAAAAAAUUAACUUCAAAGAACAAGCUGCAUUAACGCAUUGUGACACCAGGCAAUUGAUAAAACAAAUAUAUGUGAAAUUAUAUAUGCUCCAA